CUGCUGGAGACUCAUGAAGCUGCAGAUGAACCAUGUUGGUGCUGCUGCUGGCUGCUGCUCUGCUGGGAGGAUACAUCUUCCUCACAAAGACGAUCUUCAGAGGCGCUAAAUGUCGAGGAAACGCAGCGAUGGCCGGAAAGACCGUCAUCGUCACAGGAGGAAACACAGGUAUCGGUAAAGCCACGGCGCUGCACCUGGCCCGGAGGGGGGCCCGGGUGAUCCUGGCCUGUCGGAACCGGGACAAGGCCCAAGCUGCCAUCGCUGAUAUACAACAGGAAACAGGAAGUACUGACGUCCUCUUCAUGCUGCUGGACCUCGCCAGCCUCAAGUCCGUCCGCUGCUUCACUGAGACGUUCCUGAAGACCGAGGGUCGGCUUGACCUGCUCAUCAACAACGCUGGUUUGGUCGCUGACGGACGGACGGAGGACGGCUUCGGCAUCGAGUUCGGAGUGAACCACCUGGGUCACUUCCUGUUGACCUGCCUGCUGCUGGACAGGAUGAAGGAGGCCGGGGGGGGACGGGUGGUCACCCUGUCCUCCAUGGCUCACCGCUGGGGACACAUCGACUUCGAGGCUCUGGCGGAGGACAAACACCUGGGCACCGGCGGGUACAGCUGGCAGUUCUUCAUGGCGUACUGCAACAGCAAACUCUGCAACGUCCUCUUCACCCACGAGCUGGCCAAGAGGCUGAAAGGAACCAACGUCACCUGCUACAGCGUGCACCCUGGUGUCGUCCGCACUGAGCUGUCCAGAUACGUCGGCCUGUGGCAGAAGAUUUUCAUCAAGCCCAUUGCUCGGCUGCUGUUCCUCGACCCGGAGGCCGGAGCUCAGACCACGCUGCACUGCGCCCUGCAGGAGGGAAUCGAACCUCUGAGCGGACGUUACUUCUUCUGCUGCGGCGUACAGGAAGUGUGCGCCCGGGCCAGAGAUGACGCGGUGGCCCGUAAACUGUGGGAGGUCAGCGAGAGGCUCAGUGGACUGUCUUAGUGUUUGGACUCAUUGACCAUGAACUGUCCCUGUGUCUGUCCCACUGUGAAUACAUUCAUGACCACG